AUGUUAUGCGAUGUUGUGUCGGAAAGGCAAAAGCAGAUGCUCCACAAGUUGGAGUUUACUUGCGUGAGGGGAAAGUAUAUCCCAUGUGCCCUGAGAGACUUUGGGGGUGAAAACCAAGUUCAAUCUCCACCGAAACCCAAUAUAAUACACCGAGUCACUUUUUUUUUCAAUCUCACGGUUUCUGAGAAUCGGACCCUUGUCUCUCCCGGCGGUGUGUUCGAGCUCGGAUUCUUCAAGCCCAGCGAUUCUCGGAACAGUUGGUAUCUGGGGAUUUGGUACAAGACCAUCCCGAAGCGAACAUAUGUCUGGGUCGCAAACAGAGACAACCCUCUCUCCAAUUCCUCCGGAACUCUCAAGAUCUCCGACAGAAACCUCGCCCUCUUCGAUCAAGCUGAUAACCCCGUCUGGUCGACGAAUCUGACCGGAGAAGUCAAAUCUCCGGUUGCAGAGCUCCUCGACAAUGGAAAUUUCGUGUUCAGAGACUCGGAAAACAACAACCCGGAUGAGUUCUUGUGGCAAAGCUUCGAUCACCCGACGGACACAUUGCUCCCCGAGAUGAAACUCGGUUGGGAUCUGAGAACCGGAUUCGACAGAUACAUAACCUCUUGGCGAAGCCCGGAUGAUCCCUCCACCGGAGAUUUCUUGUUCAAGCUCGAAUCCCGAGGCUUCCCUGAAAUCUUCCUCUGGAACAGAGAUUCAAGGGUGUAUCGAAGCGGGCCGUGGCACGGAGUCCGGUUUAGCGGCGUACCGGAGAUGCACUACUCACGUCUUCAGAUUCAACCAUUCCGUUGA